AUUCCCGGCCGCUGCAAGGGCAACACAGGCUCAUGUGUAUGUGAUGGGUAUGUAAUAUACAAUGGUACGCAAUGUAAAUGAAGCAAGGUUCCCUCCCAGCCCCAGUUUGCAUUCUUACAGAAAGAUUGUUUAUAUCCGUGCACACACGACUUUUUACCUUUUUUUUUGUACAAAUAGUAGCCUGCUAAACACACUCUUCUGCACCGUGUAUCUUGGAGAUCAUUUCACAUUCCUCUACCUCAGUCUUUUUCACGUCUGUGUGCUAGUGCUGUAUUCACUUAGUCAUUUAGGUCAUGUCCAAUCCGUUGUUUUCAAUAAUGCUGCAACGAAUACUUUGAGUAUUGAUUUGACAAAUACUUAUUCAGCCUCUCUGUGUGCCAGGCUCUGUUCAGUGUGUUUGAGAUACAUCACUGAAUAAAACAAAUCUGUCUUUUACAGUCUAUGUCCUGUUACAUUCUAAGUGAGAAGGUGGACAAUUAACCACAGGUGUACUGAAUGAGUACAUUGUAGAGUAGAAGAAGUAGGUUAGAAGGUAAGUGCAGGCAAAGCCCUCUGUGGGAGUGUGCCUGAUGUGUUUAGGAAACAGUGAAGAAGCCAGUCUGCAGGAGCAGUGUCUUCUGCACAUGGGUGAGUAUGUUUGUUGGUUAAAUUCUUUAUAUUUUUUGAGACAGGGUCUUACUCUGUCACACAGGCUGGAGUGCAGUGGCACGAUCAUAGCUCGCUGCACCUCGACCUCCCAGGUUCAAGAGAUCCUCCUGCUUCAGCACCUGGGAGUAGCUGAGACUACAGGCAUGCGCCACCACGCCUGGCUAAUUUUUUUGAAUUUUAGUAGAGACAAGGCUGGUCUCAGAUUCCUCAAACAAUCCUUCCACCUCAGCAUUCCAAAGUUUUGGAAUGCCAUGGAACACAUAAGCCACUGCUCCCGGCCUUGUUAAAUUCUUAGCAGAGUUAUGGGGUCAAAGCAAUUGUUUGGAUCCCUUUUGAAAUUUUCUCACUUGGAAGCCCCAGGAGAGGAAAGCAGCCAUUCUCUAAAGGAAAUGGUGAGCAAGUAAAACAAAUCCCUAAUUGCAGAAGUCCAAAGGGUGAAAAAAUGGCAGUUUCCAUGUAUUUUCAGAAUCCCAGGCUGUGUGCAGUACUCACGCCUGUAAUCCUAGCACUUCAGGAGACCAAGGUGGGAGGCAUCUCUUGAGGCCAGGAGUUCAAGACCAGCGUGGGCAACAUAGUGAGACACCAUCGUGUGGUGGCAUGUGCCUGUAGUCCCACCUCCUGAGGCAAGAGGAUUGUUUGAGUCCAGUAGUUUUGAUGACAGUGGCGGGGAGUUUGAAGCAGAUGCUGUCAUCAUGCUGGCUGCAGUGGGGAGGCACGAGUCGGGCAGCAGACGCGGCUCUGGGAGCAGCAGUGGUGGUAGUGAGUCCCCUGUUCCCUGCAUCCCCGAGGCAGCCGACUGCACCACCCCCACCCUCACAUGGCUGGGCAGGACCUGCUCCUAAGCCCAGACCCUCUGCUGCAGCCUGAACCUCGCUCCCUCCCACAUCCCAGAAGCCCGCGAGCACCCUGCCAAAGGUGCAGCUGGGACUUGUAGGGACUUGUACUUGUGAGUACAAAAAUACUCACACAUGUGCACAAAGAUCCUGCUCCUGCAAACUGGCUUCUUCACUGUUUCCGGAACACAGGACUACUAGGCUCAUUUGUUUGGGGUGGUCAGAGCUGCCAUGCCAUAUGCGCCUUGCCCGCCGCCGCUGUGGGGAAAAUGCGAAGAGGAGAGGCGGCUGGGGCCACAUGUUCCACAGAGCUGGCGGGAACUGGGGACAAGUGGGAGCCCCACCCCUUCCAAGUUGGUGGAGUGGGAGCUCCCUAGGCGCAAUUACAGCCACCCAAGCCAGGGCUGCAACUCAGGCACCCUUGUGCUCUUGGGAGCCAGGAGCAGGCAGGAGCCCCACCCUCCUAGGUGCAGCUGCAGCCUCCCAAGCUGCAGCUGUGGACCCAGGCAUGUCUGCACUUUUGGGGACCCAGGAAGGCCCCUUCCUGCUGCCGCAGGCUUGGAAGUGCCUGAUCCUGCUGUCUGGCUUCUCCCUACUGUCAGCACCUGAUCAGAUCAUGGAGCAAAGUUGAGGCCGAGCCUGGGUGCUAUUGCAGCCUGGCUGGGUGUGUGAAUGCUCUGGGCAGUGCUGACACACCAGCCCCCUGCCACCUUGGCCCCCUCUGGCCUUUGGGUGCCAACGAGCAUGGGAGGGAGGCCAAGAGGGGCUGAGGGCAGCUCAGUGCUGGCCUGCAGGCACCCCUUGGCACAAACAGCUUGGGUGCCGUGAAUGGUGGCAAGAGGCAGACAGGUUCCUGGGUGGAAGGUGGCGGGUCCCGGUGAAGCCCGACCUUCAAGCCAGGGAAGGCCUGAAGCCUGGGGGCUGGGCUGCCGGUUCCAUGGACCAGAAUGGGAACUUUUGGUGCUUUUUCCGGCCCACCCAUGGCUGCCCAUGGACCAAUAGGCAUGUACGUCCUCCCCUGUGAGACCCAUAAAAAGCCCCUGACUCAGCCAGACCAGAAGAGACGAUGGGACGACCAGCUGCGGGGAGGAGCUACCCUCUCUGCUGAGAGCUGGAGAGAUGACAGGACGACCUGCCCACAGAGAGCAGCUACUCUAGCCAGGGAAGCAAGCAGGCAUGCCAGCUCUUUCUUUUCCAGUAUUCCUGGGCCCAGUGGGGUCUUCUCACUCAGUUACAAUAUUUGAUCUAAGAACAUUCACUUUCCAGCUGAUCAGAAAGUAAAGGUGACUGGCAUGGUGUGGCCGUGAGAGAUGCAGUGUGACCUCAGAGAGCUCUGCAUGCCUCUUGUUGUGCCCUACCUGGACAAACCCCCAACUCCGCUCCACUUCUACCGGGACUGGGUCUGCCCCAACAGGCCGUGCAUCAUCCGCAACGCUCUGCAGCACUGGCCGGCCCUCCAGAAGUGGUCCCUCCCCUAUUUCAGAGCCACAGUGGGCUCCACAGAGGUGAGUGUGGCCGUGACCCCAGAUGGUUAUGCGGAUGCCGUGAGAGGGGACCGCUUCAUGAUGCCAGCUGAGCGCCGCCUGCCCCUGAGCUUCAUGCUGGAUGUGCUGGAGGGCCGGGCCCAGCACCCUGGAGUCCUCUAUGUGCAGAAGCAGUGCUCCAACCUGCCCACCGAGCUGCCCCAGCUGCUGCCUGAUCUGGAAUCCCAUGUGCCCUGGGCCUCUGAAGCCCUGGGAAAGAUGCCCGAUGCUGUGAACUUCUGGCUGGGGGAGGCGGCUGCGGUGACUUCUUUGCACAAGGACCACUAUGAGAACCUCUACUGCGUGGUCUCAGGAGAGAAGCAUUUCCUGUUCCAUCCGCCCAGUGACCGGCCCUUCAUCCCCUAUGAGCUGUACACGCCGGCAACCUACCAGCUAACUGAAGAGGGCACCUUUAAGGUGGUGGAUGAAGAGGCCAUGGAGAAGGUGCCCUGGAUCCCACUGGACCCCUUGGCGCCAGACCUAGCACGGUACCCUAGUUACAGUCAGGCCCAGGCCCUUCGCUGCACGGUGCGGGCCGGUGAGAUGCUCUAUCUGCCGGCUCUGUGGUUCCACCACGUCCAGCAGUCCCAGGGCUGCAUCGCAGUGAAUUUCUGGUAUGACAUGGAAUACGACCUCAAGUAUAGUUACUUCCAGCUGCUCGACUCCCUCACCAAGGCUUCAGGCCUUGACUGAUGGAGCACUGGUGAACACGACCAAGCAUGCCUCGGGGGACGGGGCCAGCCCCUCCCUGGCCCGGUCAGUUCUCGAGAGAGCCUGGAGUGUGCAUGCUGGCUGCUGGCCCCGGGUCCGGCAUGGCUUGAGAUCAGCUUUGGAGGAUCUUGGAAUGUGGUCAUAAGGACUCAAGGUGCCAGGCAGGUCUGGGUGAGGGUUCUCAGGAAGUUGCCACACAGGUGAGCAGAGUGGGGAUCAGGUGCAGCGGCACCUCUCCCCAGCGCUGUGAUGUUGGGCGAGUCACUGCGUCUCGGGCAUUGGUGUCCUGUCAGUAAAGAGAUAAUAAUGGCUGUACCUCGCGGGGCUGUUGUGGGCUUGGAGAUGAUGUCUAUGAGGACCAGCAUGGAGCUGGCACACAGGACAUGUUGAAUAAAAGGUAGCUGUGA